AUGCCUACUCACAAUAAAAAGAGUAAGCCAAAAGACUGCGAUUCUGAGACUUCAGACUCUGUUCCAAAGACUCCCUCAACAGAGUCUAUUUCUUCUUCCUGUUUAAACACGCCCGAGAAAACGUCUCAGCAACUGCCUAUCGCCGGUCUUUCACUAGAUGACGAAGAAGACCUUAAAGAAGUUCCAGCCAUCCUUGAGGACGAUGAUGACGAUAAAUUUCUAAUGAACACAAACUUUGAGGAUCUUUUUUUCGUGCCGACUAAUGAUAAUAGUGCUGUCAAUAAACGAGAAAGUCCGAGUUCAGAAGAACCUCAUCCACGCCGAAGGAGUAGACGAGAAAGUAAACGCGUAUCACUAGGAAAAUAUGUGCCGGUUGAAGAAGUCGUUUCUUUUCAAGAUGAUCCGUUACGCGAUUACGUUAAUGGCGGGAUUACGAAAAACUCGUAUCAGUUCUCGUUGACGUCGUUGUUAAGUGAGAAAAAGGCACGCGACAAGAAAGGAUAUGAUAUUCAGUAUUUGGAGAAAAGUGUUAAAGAUGGGACGUUAGUUCCGUUGCUGGAUGAAUUGAAAGAUCCUUACGCCGAAUAUGAUCGUGAGGAAACUUCUGCCAAAGUAUUACCUGAAGAACAAAGUGAGCAGCUUUUAAAGAUCUUUGAAAGAGAUGAGCAAAAAAAUUUUGAGCAACAAUUGAAUUUCUUUGAGGAAAUUACUGAAUCUCUUCCGGUACCUACUCUAAAAGGCUCCUGCGAUAGAAUAGGUUCUUUCUUAAAAGAUUUGUCUUUAGACGAACUCCGUGAAAUAUUCUGCACAGAUUGGAUAGCGCUACAAUAUGAAUUGGGUUGGUCGAUUCCUUCUGAAAUUAUUACGUGGCUAUUGGAUAUAGUAAGUUUUGUUGACGAAUCUACUUUAGCUGAAGCCGCGUUUGAUAAUUUAAAGAAAUUUAGUGAAAUAAAUGCCCGAAGUGGUAAUUUUAACAAUAAUAACAAUGUGCAGGAAGGAAGCAACGUAGAAAAGGAAUUCGGCGUACCUUUUUCAGAAAUAUUACGGGUUUUAAAGUCUUACGGAUGUUCUGAGUUUCUCGGCAUUAAAGCCAAGCUAGAAGAAAAGAGUUUACGGGUCUUGAUUUCAAAAGAGCCGGAAUCAUCACCCGAAUUCUCACAUUGUUUUAAUAUUCGAUUGAUUUUGAAACUUUUGAAUCAUUUGGCUGAAAAUAAAUGUCUUCGAUUUCAAGAUAACGAUGAGAUACGACUCGCCAUAAAUGUGAUUACUCGCAUGUAUCUAGACAGGCGAUUAUGGCCCAUAUAUAGCGAGAUUGAACAAAUGAUAGCGAGUCUCCUGGAACUUUUCGAUGAAGAGAAUUGGCCUGUUCAAGCAAAGCUUAUAUGUGAAGAUAUCGCAUCCUCAUGCGGUAAUCAUACCCAAUUCAAAGUAAAGAUAUUGAAUCAUUUCCCGGUGGUAAAUCGAGGACCAGUGUUGAGGCGAAUGUUGGCAUUCCGAUUUUUGUUUAAUAAUGAGGAUGACACAAAAUCAUGGAACUUGACAGAACUCGAUUUGACACACCCAAUCUUACUUCAACCGCUCUUGGAUCUUUUCCACGACACCAGAAACAUGUUUAAAAUUCGACCGGAUACGAAUUACUAUGAGUUAUCUGAUUUUAUUACGUUUCUUGGCUUCGCGUUGGACGAUGAUCAGCAAUUGCGGUCUGAAAAAGAUGUGAUCGAAGAGAUUAUAAAAAAGUUGAAUCAUUUACACGGGAAAAUAGUGGACAUGAGAGCAGCUUUUCUGGAUCGCACAAAGGCAAAAGACAACACACAGCGACUCCUAUUACGCCUUUACUAUAUAAUAAAUUAUCGACGAACUGGCAAGCGACAAGCAAGUAUUCUUGCCUAUUCGAUAUAG